AUGUAUUUUGCAGUAGCGCUGUAGUCGUAACCUAGCAGUUAUCAGAAAACGUUUCCAAUUAUUGCCGGGUUUAAAAAUACUUGAGUUAAAAAAAGAAAAAUGUCUCGUUCCCUCUCGAAAUUAGUGUUUGAAAAUUUAAAAACUACUUUGGGGUACAGCAAAAACCAGUCGCGGUCUAUAAGUCGGACGUGCGCGUGCAGUGGACGUGCGUUGAUUUACAACAAUUACGGCGAGCCUGCCGAAGUCCUUAAAUUAACAGAAGUUGCUGAUAAAAAACCGGAAGCUAAUCAGAUUACUGUUAAAUGGCUUUUGUCGUCCGUUAAUCCUGCGGAUAUUAAUACACUGCAAGGUAAAUAUCCAAGUCGACCUUCAUUACCCGCGGUUGCGGGUAACGAAGGUGUGGGGGAAGUUAUUGAAGUUGGCGGGAAUGUUAAAAAUUUUGAAAUCGGUGAUCGUGUUGUUCCUAAUGCAAAUAAUAUUGGAACCUGGACUACAAGUGGUAAUUAUGAAGCCAAUCAUGUUUUUAAGAUUCCCAAAUCAUUUGGGACAGUUGAAGCCAGUAUGCUUAUCGUAAAUCCUUGUACUGCGUACAGAAUGUUAAAAGAUUUUGUAAAAUUAACACCAGGUGAUACCGUUAUACAAAAUGGCGGCAAUUCAGCCGUAGGGCAAUUAGUUAUCCAGUUGUGUAAAAUUUGGGAAUUAAAAAGUGUUAAUGUUGUAAGGGACCGUGAUGAUAUUGAUGAGUUGAAAAAACAUUUAAAAACUAUUGGGGCAACUGAAGUACUAACAGAGGCCGAAUUACGAACGACGGAUUUAUUUAAAAGCAAAAAAUUACCGGCGCCCAAGUUGGCGCUCAAUUGUGUCUGUGGUCAAAAUGCCGUCGAAGUUCUGAGGCACUUGCAGGCUGAAGGAACGAUGGUCACUUAUGGAGCCAUGUCUAGGGAACCAUUGACUGUUCCUGCUUCUGCGUUAAUUUUUAAAAAUAUUUCAAUAAGAGGAUUUUGGAUGACUAACUGGAAAAAAGCUCACGGAAACUCUGAAGAGAAUACUAAAAUGUUUGAAGAAAUAGGAAAAUUAUUCGAAACAAAAAAAUUACAACCACCGCCGUAUAAAAUAGUACCGUUUUCUAAAUACAAAGACGCUGUAACAAAUGCUCUUAAUACGGAUGGUAAAGUUGGGGUUAAAUAUAUUAUUGAUUUAACAGCUUAAUAACUUUAUUUAUGUAUACAAAUAUAUAUGUCAUAGUCAUAUGAACAUCCAUUUUUUUACGGCUAAUAUUAAAUACAUUCGAAAAAUUUAGUUCUAUAAAAUACCGUCUUUUUUAUUCAUUGAAAAAAAUAGCAGUAAUUAUCACUGUACAGGGCAGAAAAAGUUACUAAAAUGAUCUGGAAAAAAUACUCAGAUAUGAUCAUAUAUGUUCGUAUAUGGUCAUAUAUGAACUGAAGCAUAACCACCAAUAUUCAUAGAUAUGACCAUAUACGUUUAAGUAUGACCAGAUAUAAUCAUACAUGCUCACGUAUGGUCAGAUAUGAUCGUAUAUACUCAUGUAUGGUCAAGUGUGAUCACAUAUGGUCAUACAUGAACUGAUGCAUAACCACAUACAUUUUUAGCUAUGGCCAUAUAUGUUCUAGUAUGACCAGAUAUGAUCAUAUAUGUUCAUGUAUGACCAGAUAUGAUCAUAUAUGUUCAUGUGUGACCAGAUGUGAUCAUAUAUGAACUGAAGCAUGAUCAUAUAUAUUAUAAGAUAUGGUCAUGUAUGUUCAAGUAUGACCAGACAUGAUCCUAUAAGUUUAUGGAUGGUCAGGUGUGAUCAUAUAUGGUCAUGAAUGACCAGGUGUGAUCACAUAUGGUCAUAUAUGAACUGAAGCAUAACUACUAAUAUUCAUAGAUAUGACCAUAUAUGUUUAAGUAUGACCAGAUAUAAUCAUAUAUGCUCACAUAUGGUCAAAUAUGAUCAUAUAUAUUCUCAUGUAUAAUCAGGUGUGAUCAUAUAUGAUCACACCUUAUCAUAUAUACUCAUAUAUGGUCGGGUCUGAUCAUAUAUGGUCAUACAUGAACUGAUGUAUAACCACAUACAUUUUUAGCUAUGGCCAUAUAUGUUCUAGUAUGACCAGAAAUAAUCAUAUAUGAUCAUAAAUAAUAUUGUACAUGAUCAUAUAAAUAUAUGAAUAUUAAUAAUUAUUAAUUGGAACUGAUAAAAGGUAUCAGAUAUCAUAUAUGAUCGUAUCUGAGUACUUUUUCCGACUAGUUAGCAAAAGAAUACCAGUCGAGUAUCUUCGGUUUCAUUCGUGUCCAAUAUUAUUCCAGGAGGAAUUUUUUUCUCUAACCUCUAACUACUUAGUAACUAUUACUGUACAUCACAGUAAUUAUUACAUCACUACUGCGUUAAUUAAUUAAUUUACCUAGUAAAUAAUUGAUUAGAGU